UAAAUCAUUUGUGUACGCGAGCUCGAGGUAACCGCACGCCUGCUUUCGUGCGCUCUACAUUUUUGUGCUUCGAACUGUUCAUAACAUUUAUAUUAUUUUAUUACUUAUAAUUUUGUGAUGGCUCCGGUGUCUAAUAAUGUUGUGGGUAUCGACGAUGAUCAGCGUUUUGCCCUUAUGAAGUUUAGAAGGAGCGUACGGGAUGUCUUAAAGCCUGAGCACAAUGACCACUUUUUACUGAGAUGGCUUCGAGCCAGGCAAUGGAACCCAGAGGCGGCUGAAAAAAUGCUGAGAGAUUCAAUGAAGUGGCGUGAAAAAUGGGGCGUGGAUACAACCCUGGCGACCUGGACACCGCCCUCUGUGUUAGAGCAGCACUUCCCGAGUGGCAGUACUGGAUUUGACAAAGAAGGUUCACCAUUAAUAAUAGUGCCUUUCGUGGGUUUGGAUGUAUGGGGCCUGCUGCACUCGGUGACGAGGACCGACAUCAUUCGCCUGGUGCUGGUGCACCUGGAGAACUACCUCACGCUCGCCAGGAAACAGGCGCAGACUCAUGGACCCACUGCUCUUAAGGUAACAGUCCUGUUCGACCUGGAGGGAUUCAGCAUGCGGCAGUACGCGUGGAAGCCGGCUGCGGAGAUGGUGUUUACUAUGCUGCAGAUAUACGAGGCCAACUAUCCCGAGAUACUGAAGAUUUGCUACAUUGUUAACGCUCCAAAAGUAUUCUCGCUGGCCUUCAACGUGAUCAAAAAGUUCAUGCAUGAGUACACGAUCUCCAAGAUCCGCAUCUACGGCAGCGACAGUAAGAAGUGGCAGGCGCAAGUGCUCACCAUGGUGGACAAGGAUCAGCUGCCACAGCACUAUGGCGGCAGCAUGGUUGAUGAGAAUGGCGACCCUAGAUGCAGUUCUAUUGUUAAACCUGGUGGUAAAGUCCCAAAGAAAUAUUACGCGCGUAACAUGCAGAACGAGGCGAAGAAAGAAUACACGAAAGUGACUGUAAAGACUGGAGACAAGCACUGCGUAGACCUCUUGUGCGCGGAUGGCGAUAGUGUGUUAAGAUGGGAAUUCGGUGUGGAAGGCCACGACAUCAAGUUCUCGAUAAAGAGGCGAGAUCAGGACGGCAACGAGACCGUGGUGCACGAGCCGCGCAAGGUGUCUGAGGGACCGCCCGACGUCGGCGUGCUCUCCGUCAGCGGCCCAGCCACUUACUCAGUAAUAUUCGACAACAAGAACUCAUUCCUGAGGAGCAAGAAGGUGUACUAUGACGUCAUCAUAUCUGUUCCGGAGAGAGAUCUCAACAUGAGCGACGAGCCGGAAGACUUGGAGGCGGCUAGUGCUGUAGCAGCUUCGUGAGACUUUAUAGUGUUGAAAUACCGUAUAUUAUUGUAUGAUUCAUCAUAUUUAUGUUUCAUUAGCAUUAGCUCAAUGGUUAAGGUGUCAGAAAACACUGAUAGGUCACGGAUUCGAUCACGAUUGAACCAUUGUCCAAACGUUCUUUACGAAUUAUGAUGUUCCUUGGAAAGGUAAAGAGACUAUUGGUCAUCAAACAUAGAUAA